AUGACUAGAGCCCACAAAGCAGGGAACGCCUUCACGCACUUCCAGCCGAUUGCAGAGCCCAUAGCGGAUGUGACUGGGGGUCAGCCAGUUGCGAAGUCAGUGUUUGUCACCUACUUUCAAGAUCAAGGAGGGACCGGAUCUUCAUCUGCGAUGCGCGAGAAGAUCAACAAACUUUGCUCCAGCUUCGCCCUGGCACUUUAUCCCUGGCCUCGCAGUAUGGCGGCCGCAAAGCAGCGUCGUGCGCAGCUGCAACAGCAGCUCCAGGAUCAGUCACGGCUACUGCAAGAGCACGAGCUGUUUCUUCAAGACGAGGCCAGGGCCCUCCUCCUGCCACCACGGCCGGGUAGCAGCUCUCUUCUGGAGGAGUGGCGACUCUUCUGUGCGAAGGAGAAAGCCAUCUACAUCAUUCUGAACUGCUUCGAGGGAAACAACAGCCUGCGAGCCAGCUGCUGGUAUGCAUCCUGCGAGGAAGACAGCAUCCGAUCUCUGCUUACGACGGCUCCGACUUUCGCGAUGGAUUUCACAAGCGCAAGUGCUAUGCUGCUUCCUGACAGAGGACGGGCAGCCAAGAUGGCCCCAACCUACAACAAAGCCAAUGCUUUCACUGGAAUAUUCCAAGAACUGGUGGACACAUAUGGUGUCCCACGUUACCGCGAAGCCAACCCUGCUUUGCUGACAACCGUGACAUUCCCCUUCCUGUUUGGCGUGAUGUAUGGUGACGUCGGGCACGGUCUGAUGUUGCUCUCGCUUGCAAUGUGGACCUUCCGGUCGCGAACUGCAGAAAGCCUGCCUGACGUUUUCCGAGCACGAUAUCUGGUGCUACUCAUGGGUAUUUUCUCGGUGUACUGCGGCCUACUAUACAACGAUUUCUUCAGCGUCGGCUUGUGCUUCUUCCCAUCUCGCUGGUCGAUGCCGGAGGGGAGGCCGGGAGCAGAGGUCAAGCUGGAGCCACUUUACGACACCCGGAACACGGGAGGCAGAGGACCGUACCCCUUUGGAGUGGAUCCUGCCUGGCAUGGCGCGCAGAAUGAGUUGGUGUACAUGAAUUCGCUAAAGAUGAAGAUUUCAGUGCUUCUCGGUGUGGCACAGAUGAUGGCCGGCUUGCUGCUGCGAACGGGCAAUGCCAUCUACCAGGGCUGCAAGAUGGACCUCCUUUGCGAGUGUCUGCCGAUGAUCCUCUUCAUGCUCGGGCUGUUCGGCUACAUGGACUACAUGAUCUUGUACAAGUGGGUCACCCCGAUGGACCCAGCGCCGAGCAUCAUCAACUCUAUGAUUGCGAUGGCAUCUUUCGCCGAUGAUCCAAACGGCAUCUUCCACGAGGCGAUUUCCCGAGUAUUGAUGGUGACCUGCCUUCUCGCAGUUCCGGUUAUGCUGGUGCCCAAGCCCAUCUAUCUCUGGGUCAAACACCGACAGCGGCAAGAAGCAGCGGAG